AUGGAUGAUAAUGAGUUAGUGAUGUUGCAAGAUGAUGCAGGAAUAAAUAGAAUGAAAAUGAUUGCACUAAUUAAUAGAAAUGUGCAUCUAUAUGUAAUGCAUCCAGUGUUGGGGAAAGAGAAAAUACUGCCUAUUAAAAACAAUGUAGGAAAUUUUAAUGACUUAGGCACUAUUGAAUAUUUUAAUAAUCUAGGUAAUAAAAUUGAUGAAGGAGGGCCCGCUGGUGUAGAAGAUUCAGAUGCAGUUAACCAAAAAGGUUCACUUGAGGAAGUUAAUAUCGAUGGGACCAUUGAGAACAUUAACCAAAAAGAUUCAUGUCUAAAUGUUAACUUUGAGGGGGACGCCGUGUCUGAGGAUGCAAUAGUGAAUAUUACUUUAGAUGGGACCACUGAACAUGUUGUAUGUGACCAAGAUGAUAUAUUGGAUGACACACAUUACUUGGAUUCUAAUGAUUCAAUUGGAAUUGUUGAAGAAAUUACAAUUGAUAUAGCUAGGGGGAAAGAAAAGGGGAGGGGAAAGGGUAAUUUAAAAGGUAAGGGAAAUGGUAAAGGUAAGGGGAAAUCCAAGUUUGGGAGACCAAGGAAACAAAAGUUAAUGGAAGAAGAAGUUGUGGGUAGUGGUGUAUUUGAUGAUGUGAAUGAAUGUGAGGCUACAAAAGAAAGCUUUAGAGGUUUGAGUGAUAUUGAGGAGUAUGACACUGAUGAUUUACAACAUGAUUAUGAUAGUGAAGACAGUGAGGUUUUAAAAGAUGAUUUUCCAACUUUCAAGCUUACAAAAUGA